GCCCGGCCGGCCUUCACCGAGCAAGACGGGUGGGCGGGAGCGCCCGCGAGGCGUUGAGGGAGGGCGAGACUGCACAGCCACAGAAGGGAGGGGGAGAAAAGGGCCCAGGAGCCGCCGAGCGUCGCCGCCUUUUCCCGGGCUUCGCGAAAAGAAAGCGGGCGACGCCGCCACCACCACCACCGCCGCCGCCUUCCCUUCCGAGCAGCCCGCCGUCACUUUCCUCCCUCCGUACACCUCCCGCGUGCGCAUUUUCUUCCUGCGGCGCGCCCCGAGCUCACUUAAAACUCAGAAACUGAAUUGGAACAGGGAAGGGAGCAGAUUAAAAUGAAGUUGCUGAACAAUUUUAUUUCAGGAUAAAUUGACGCAAGUUUAAACUAACUUAAGGAAUAUAUGAGCAAAAUGAAAGAGGAAUUUCUCUGAUAUAUAUUUUUUCACUUCUGAUUAUGAUAUCGGAGGCAGUUGGCCAAAACUGAAGACAUUUGGUGGACAUUUGAAUCUGAUCUGGUUUGGAUGCCUUUUAUAUUAAUUUGAGCUGCCUAUGUAAAGAAUAGACUCUGGGAGACAUGCUGAAAAUCACUUGGCUUCCUCUUUCCAUGGAAAACUGAAUGGAAUGUGGUGUUAGAACUGUGAAAAGAGGCCCGUAGAAUUUAGCUGCAGUGAUGAGUUCUGAAGAGAAAGGUAUUUCUCCUGCUCACAGAACCUCCACACCAUCACAUAAAGCUGACUCCUCUUCAUCAUAUUCCCAAUGGGACACUAGGCAGAGUGGCCAUGUGUUAGAGCGAAAUGCUUCUGUUGGAAGCGCAGACUUGAUUAUUGGGAAACAGUUGGUAGAGAAUGAGCCAAUCGCUAUAUCUAAAGAGCCAGACAGCUGGGAAAUUAUAGAAGGCUUGAAAAUUGGCCAGACUAAUGUCCAGAAACCAGACAAACAUGAAGGAUUCAUGCUGAAGAAAAGGAAAUGGCCUUUAAAAGGAUGGCACAAGCGCUUUUUUGUUCUGGACAAUGGAAUGUUGAAAUAUUCAAAGUCACCAAUUGAUACUCAGAAAGGGAAGGUUCAUGGCAGCAUAGAUGUGGGAUUAUCAGUUAUGUCAAUUAAAAAGAAAGCACGUAGGAUAGAUCUUGAUACCGAGGAGCAUAUCUACCAUUUAAAAGUAAAAUCCCAGGAUUCAUUUGAUGCUUGGGUGUCCAAGUUGCGCCAUCAUAGAUUAUAUCGUCAGAAUGAGAUUGUGCGAUCGCCACGGGAUGCCAGUUUCCAUAUAUUCCCUUCAACUUCCACCACUGAAUCUUCACCAGCUACUAAUGCCACAGUCCUGGAAACUAAGGUUUCACAGAAUAAUUUCCCCUGGCAACCGACUAUCCCUUGCAGUAGCAGUCUACCUGAAACAUGUACUACUGGCCAAAGUAAAGUAGUUGCUUGGUUACAAGAAUCGGAGGAGAUGGACAAGUGUGCAGAAGAUCUUGCACAUUGUCAAUCAAAUCUUGUAAAACUCAGUAAAAUUCUUCAGAACUUAGAAAUACUUCAGAGAACUCAGUCAGCACCUAGUUUCACAGAUAUGCAGGCUAACAGUGUAGAUAAGAAAGACAAGCGUGUCACCAGAAGAUGGAGAACAAAAAGUGUGAGCAAAGAUGCUAAAAUACAGCUUCAGGAAGGGACUGCUCUGAAGGGCCAGUUCGGUACUGCACGGCGCCGGCAGAGACUAGCAGCAGCAGUGGCUACAACAGUUCCUUUUAGUACUACAAUGUCUCCUGUUCGACUGCAUUCAUCUAAUCCUAACCUUUGUGCAGACAUCGAAUUUCAGACCCCACCCACUCAUGUAUCGGAUCCUUUGGAAAGCUCCACAGAUUACAUAAAACUCCAGGAAGAGUUUUGCCUCAUGGCUCAGAAAGUACAUUCUCUUUUGAAGUCUGCGUUUAACAGUAUAGCAAUAGAAAAGGAAAAGCUGAAACAGAUGGUAACAGAACAUGAUUUUGCAGGACACAACACACAGAUGCUACGUCUCCGACAAUCACUUUCUCAGGCUCUCAACCAGAAUGCUGAACUAUGGAGUCGUUUGAACAGAAUACACUCAGAGUCUGUUCUUUGUGAUCAGGUUGUCAGUGUAAAUAUUAUCCCUAGUCCUGAUGAGACAGGUGAACAGAUCCAUGUCAGUCUCCCACUUUCCCAACAAGUUUCUAAUGAGAGCAGGCUCUCCAUGUCUGAAUCCGUCUCUGAAUUUUUUGAUGCCCAAGAAGUGCUUCUAUCUGCAAGCUCAUCAGAAAACGAGGCUUCUGAUGAUGAAUCUUACAUAAGUGAUGUGAGCGACAACAUAUCUGAGGACAACACUAGUGUUGGAGACAAUAUUUCUCGGCAAAUAAUGAAUGAUGAGCUAACAGGAGGUGCUUUCAGAAAUGGACGAAGGACAUGUCUUCCAACACCCUCCCCUGAUACUAGUAAUAUUAAUCUGUGGAACAUUUUGAGAAAUAAUAUUGGGAAGGACCUUUCCAAAGUAUCAAUGCCUGUUGAGCUCAAUGAGCCUUUGAAUACUUUGCAACACCUUUGCGAGGAACUGGAAUAUAGUGAACUUUUGGACAAAGCCGCUGAAACCGAUGAUCCCUAUGAACGUAUGGUCCUUAUUGCUGCCUUUGCAACUUCAGGAUAUGCUUCCACUUAUUACAGAGCAGGAAGCAAGCCUUUUAACCCUCUACUUGGUGAGACUUACGAGUGUAUCAGGGAAGACAAAGGAUUUCGAUUUUUCUCAGAGCAGGUUAGCCAUCACCCACCCAUUUCUGCCUGUCACUGUGAAUCAAAGAAUUUUGUGUUUUGGCAAGAUAUUAGAUGGAAAAACAAAUUCUGGGGGAAAUCGAUGGAAAUAUUGCCAAUUGGAACUCUAAAUGUGAUACUUCCUAAGUGAAUUACUGGAAUUCUAAUGUCAAUGAAGUUCAAGGUGUUGUCAUGGAUCAAGAAGGAAAAGUGGUGCAUCGCCUUUUUGGAAAAUGGCAUGAAGGAUUAUAUUGUGGAAUUGCACCUUCAGCAAAAUGUAUAUGGAGGCCCGGUUCCAUGCCAACAAAUUAUGAGCAUUACUAUGGUUUCACAAGGUUUGCUGUUGAGCUGAAUGAGUUAGAUCCUGCAUUGAAGGACCUUCUUCCAAAAACAGAUGCUCGAUUCAGGCCAGAUCAAAGGCAUUUGGAAGAUGGACAUUUAGAAGCAGCAGCAGCCGAAAAACAAAGAAUUGAAGAACUCCAGAGAUGCCGGAGACGUUAUUUAGAGGAAAACAAUAUGGAACAUAUACCUAAAUUUUUUAAAAAAGUUAUUGAAGGCAAUCAGAGAGAAGCAUGGGUUUCUAAUGACACCUAUUGGGAACUCCGAAAGGAUCCUGGCUUUAGUAAAGUAGAAACACUCGAACUCUGAUUGAAAAAUGGAGCUCUUCUCUAACCUGACCUUCUCUUUCAAACAAGCUUCAGGAAAAUCUCAAGAACAUCUAAUUUAUGUGAUAUGCUUCCAAUUUAAAAUACUCCUUAUUCAUUGGAAGUUUCUUCAUCAAACUAUGUCACAAUCAAGUGCCCAUUCUGACUUAUCUUAUACGCUUUGCUUUUUGCAAGCCUUCUUUCCUCUCAAUCUCCCCUCUUGGCCAUCCCAAUCAGUGAUUCCUCUGAAAGUAUCCAUGUUAUAAUGGCAAAUUUGGGAAAUUCUGUAGAUUGGGAACAGAUAAGAACGAGGCUUUUUAGAGUCCAGAAGCAGACCGAGAGGCCAGUUGUAUAACAGGAAUCGGUCCCCUCCCUAUCUCUGCUAUGCACUGCUGAGUCUUAGCAUGCAGUCUCAGCAUUGGCUGAAUGUAGACUUGGGCACAUUGGCUCAAAACAUACUUGAAUAAUUAUCACAGAACUAUCAUUAUUAACUAUUGUUACUUCUCUGCUUUUCUCUCUUUAGAAAUAAGAGUUCCAAAAUGGGAGUUCAGUAGGGGGGGAAAGUCAGGAUUUGGACAGACACUUACGUGAAGUCCUUGAUCAAAUCAAAUGAAGUUUUGCAAGCUUCCCAAGUAUUUCACAGCUCAUAAAUAAUGAUUGUGGUUGCCCAAAAGAACUUUGGUUCUGGGCUAAUGCUACAUAUAAUUAGAGUGAACAAUAACCACAUUCUAUCUACCAAGUCGACCCUAUUAGAUUUCAGUAAAAUUUCCUCUCAGCCAUCCCUGUGUUUCUGAGAAUGGAAUGGUGCCAAUUUUGCAACCGGGAAUUCUGUAAUAUGUAAUAAUUUUAAUGCAAUGUAUUAUGAGUGUUUUCCUAUUUAUUUCAACAGAACGUGACUUGUGUCCAUGCCCAGGAUUGUUAAGUUUUCAUCCAAAUUAACAAAAAAAUUGCUCCCCUAUAAAAUAAUAUAUAUUGUAAAGUUCUUUUUGUGACUUACCUUAUUUGUCAGGAUUUUUAAAAGACAAUAUUGAGCUACAUAUAUUUUUUGAAAUUAUAUGAAUUCAAAUAAGAAGCAGUAUUCUGAAACAAUUUAUCAAUUGCUUUUCUUCCCUUAAAGAUAAAAAGCCUAAUCCAGUAGAUUAUCAGUCUCCCUUAAAUUGUCUCAAGCUAGAACCAUCCAAGCUGCAUAAUGUUGGUGCAAGAGAAGAAUAUUCUGGUCUAGCACAUCUAGAGUGAAAUAGGACAACCCCGCCAUAGCCAACUUGUAGCCAAUUUGCCGCGGGACAACUCAUCACGGCCAACUCCCCACAGGACAGCUCACUGUGGGACAGUUUAGCUAUUCAAUUAUUUGAAAUA